AUGGCUACCGCUCAUUCCUUGGGAAGGGAUCAUACUACCGAAGAGUGGGAAUCUUUUCAGUUCCGAUUCGGGUUUGUCCUAGAACAUGGAGUGCAAAUCCGCUUUCCUGAUGCGUCACUUUACAAUCCUCCCGAGGGAAAAGAAUAUGGGUUUUCCGUGAGAGAGUUGACCCCUAUUGCUAUAAACAAGAUAAUGGGUUUUGAACUCCUCUGUCGUGCCCUAGGCCGCCUGCCGACUGUUCCGGCCUUCAACUAUACAAGGGCUAAGGUGUACGUCGAUCGCGCUCCAACACUCUUUGGUGCUGACAAUGAUCUGGAUGAUGCCCUAAAGAAGAUCAACAUCAAUGGUGAAGAUUGGCUUGAUUUCUUCUUGGCCGCUAGCGGAAUGAGCGCUGCUUGGAGGCUCGUGGGAAGAUGCCCGAGUUUUUCGUCGAGAAAGAAGGUAUUGUGCUUUUCAGACUGUAUGGAGGAGGUUGUUUCUUUAAAGAAAAAUCUUCAUGGUCUAUUCGACGGUGAACUUCAGUGUCGCGACGUCGAUCUGGUAGAGACUCUUCCACCCCAUGUUUCCAGUCGAGGAAUCGAGGCUACCAUUAGUUCUGACAUCAUUGUCACUGGCGCUUCUGAGAAGGAUCCAGAUCUGCAGGAUAUCGUUGUCACUGGCGCUUCUCAGAAGGAUCCUACACCUUCCGGUUUUUCCAUUGGCCUGAGGGUGCGCUACCGACGUGAAUCGGUGGUGGAUUCUCUUGUCUUUGCACCACUCUUUGAAGGGACUUCCUUCAAAUUGUGCUCCGUUAUCACUUAUGAGGAUUCUGGGGGUGCCAAAAUAGGCCAAGAUAUUCUUGGUCAUGAGCGUUAUCAUUUGCUUGCCAGUGAGGUGACCAGCAGUUCUGGAUUAACAUUUAGGAAGAAUAUCAAUCACACCAACUACAAUCAGCUUCCUAUUAAUCAAAUAUUGUUGCUGAAAAAGAACCAAUUGCAGGUCCGCAGGUCCGCUUCUCUGUCUGAUAAGUUUACAGGUAUUGUUCCCUCCUAUGAGUCAUUUCACUUGUUUAAAGGUACGGUUUUCUCCUCAGUUUCGAAUCUUUUAGUUUCCUCCGUUCUGAAAAAAUCGACUGUCAAUCUAUCAAAUGGAAUCACACUUUCUGAUUAUUGGGAUUAUUUUGGAAUAAUGUUAUUGAUUGUGGAUCCAAGUUUGAUGGCAUAUUCCAGGAUUAUUCACGGCAAUGUGCCACUCUUGAUACAAUGUCUAAGCUCUUUAAACUUGUUAAGCCCAAGUGUAAAGUCUCUCAUUGGAGUCUGUCCAUUUUCAUUCCAAGAGUCCAGACGUGAGAAGAAGUUAAGAAACGAUGACCUAACCCUAAUCGUCGACGCCUCCACCUACAGUUCUCGUUGCUAUCUGCAUCUCUGUUCGAUAAGGAAGAAUAUCAAUCACACCAACUGCAAUCAGCUUCCUAUUAAUCAAACAUUGUUGCUGAAAAGAACCAAUUGCAGGUCCGCAGGUAUUGUUCCCUCCUAUGAGUCAUUUCACUUGUUUAAAGCAAGUUUGAUGGCAUAUUCCAGGAUUAUUCACGGCAAUGUGCCACUCUUGAUACAAUGUCUAAGCUCUUUAAACUUGUUAAGGCAACACACGUACACACAACAGCAUCAGUCCCUUGUGCAUCUCUCAUUGAGUUUAUUUUUAUUAAUUGUUCAUAUUGGAUGGUGGUGUUUUAUUUUGAAUUCAAUUUUUGAUGAGUGA